AAGCGUUAACAGUGAUGAACAACAGUGACGCUGUUGUCUUUGAAAAUGGCGUCAGUGCAUUUGAAGUCCGCUGUCAUUUGUAGCUAAAGUGGUCAUUUAGCCGCUUUAGACUUUCUGUUUUGGAUACGUUGCGACGUUUCUAUUCGAGAAUAUAAUAGUGGCUAAAUAAAAAUGUGGCGAAAUAAAGUGUUACUUGUCCAGUCUGUUGCAUAAUAAGGCCGCGGCUGCCCCCGAUCUCGCGUAGGGAAUUCUUGCAGUACUACAUCACUCUCACUACGGCGGUGGCGGCCAUUGAAAGCUCGGCUUUGCUGCAGCGCCAUUCCGAUCCGCUGGUGCACCCAAGUGGAUAUGUGUCUUCACCAGCCAUCACGUCUGUACAGCACACUGACUGUACAAGAGUUUAAUUUGUUCAGUAUGGCUUCUGUACCAGUGUACUGCUUGUGUCGCCUCCCAUAUGAUGUGACUCGCUUCAUGAUUGAGUGCGACAUUUGUCAAGACUGGUUUCAUGGGAGUUGUGUAGGAGUGGAAGAGGAAAAAGCAACUGAGAUUGAUCUCUAUCACUGCCCCAACUGUCAGCUCACUCAUGGACCCUCUGUCAUGCGUAAACGCCGUGGAGGCAACAAGCAGGUGGACGGAGCUGCCUCUGGGGUAAGAGACCCGGGUCGGUUGGUGAAGACGGGCAGCCCCCAAUUCGUGAGGGAACUGCGGAGUCGCACUUUCCCCAGUGCAGAUGAAGUACUGCUGAAGCCUUCAGGGGCCCAGCUCACAGUGGAAUUUCUUGAGGAGCAUUCAUUCAGUGUUCCUGUCAUGGUGCUGAGACGAGACGGGCUUGGCAUGACUCUUCCACCAGCGUCGUUCUGUGUCAGCGAUGUAGAACACUACAUUGGUUCAGACAAAGAGAUAGAUGUGAUCGACGUCUCUCGCCAGUGUGACCUGAAGAUGCGACUGGGUGACUUUGCCGAAUACUACAACAGCCCCAACAGAGAUCGAGUACUGAAUGUUAUCAGCCUAGAGUUCUCAGAAACAAGGCUGUCAAAUUUGGUGGAAACGCCAAAAAUUGUGAGGAAGCUGUCAUGGGUGGAGAACCUCUGGCCAGAGGAAUCUGUGUUUGAGCGGCCCAAUGUGCAGAAGUACUGCCUCAUGGGAGUCAAGGAUAGCUACACGGACUUUCACGUUGACUUUGGUGGCACUUCCGUUUGGUAUCAUGUUUUGCGGGGGGAGAAAAUAUUCUACCUAAUAUCGCCGACGGCAGCCAACCUGGCGCUUUUUGAGCGUUGGAAUUCAUCGUCCAAUCAGAAUGAGAUGUUCUUUGGAGACCAGGUUGACAUGUGUUACAAGUGCUCCGUCAAACAAGGAAACACCUUGUUCAUUCCAACUGGGUGGAUUCACGCUGUGUUAACUCCAGUGGAUUGCCUGGCCUUCGGAGGAAACUUUUUGCAUAGCCUCAAUAUUGACAUGCAGCUUCGGGCUUAUGAAAUAGAGAAGCGGUUGAGCACAGCAGACUUGUUUAAGUUUCCCAAUUUUGAAACUGUGUGCUGGUAUGUUGGGAAGCACCUUCUUGAUACCUUCAGAGGUUUGAGAGAAAAUCGCAGACACCCAGCCACCUAUCUGGUUCAUGGAGCAAAAGCCCUGAAUAAUGCCUUCCGCGCCUGGACCAGGAAAGAGGCGCUAAGUGAUCACGAAGCGGAAAUUCCAGAAACUAUCAACACUCAGGCACUGGUAAAGGACCUUGCAAAAGAGAUACGUCUAGUUGAGGAUAUUUUCCAACAAAACAUUGGCCGCACUGGACCUCAAUUCCCUGGAUCGCCUCUCUCAAAAGCUCCGUUAACCACCUCUCAGAAUUCAGGCCGCCCCCCUGGAAAUAAGAAAGGCCUCAAACCAAAGGACAUAAUUGUAAAUGUUGUACCAACUGGACCCAAGAAGAAAAACCAAAAGGGUCUUUAUAAAACAGAAGCGGGAGAGCUUGACCUGCUUGAGAUCCACACCAAACAUACUCUGAAAAAAAUCCAACCUGGCAAGUCCAGAAGCAAGAACAAGUUGGAGCUGCCAUUGGAAGACUUCGAAGGAAAGUUAAAUAAAAGCAAGCUGAAACUCGUGCUGACCAAUGGGAAAAUUCAAGGCAAGAAAGCUGGAAGUAAUGGUGCCGGGGCAGUUGCCAACUACCAGCACCUUGUCAUGGAGGGAUCCAGUCUCUCUGAUCUUGAAUCUGAGGAUGAGCUCCAAAUAGACGAAACCCCUCCUCCACGCCGCAAACUUGCUGGAACAAGCAAGAAGAAGAAACUAAGCGGUCUACCAAGAAAGUUGCCCCGAGCAAAGCCUUGCUCCGACCCCAAUCGUAUUCGGGAGCCAGGGGAGGUCGACUUUGACAUUGAGGAGGAUUACACCACAGAUGAAGAAGCACUGGCUGCUCAUGGUGUGAAGGGCGGUGCAGGGGGAAUCCUGGACUUACUGAAGGCCAGCAAACAGGUGGCAGGCUUGGACUCCUCUGCACUCAGUGAGGAAGCCCCGGCCUCUCCUAGUACUCGUGACGCCAUCCAGGGUAUGCUUUCCAUGGCUAACCCACCUUCCUCCUCCUCAUCGUCAUCAUCGUCAUCUUCCUCUUCUUCAUCACCCUUGUCCAUCUCUGGAGGACUCACUGAGGGAUUGGGGAUCGUAAAAGGAAAAGGCAGCAGAGCCGUGUGGGUCACUGGGGGGAUCAAAAAGACCACUGGGGCUGAGAAAAAAGCUGUUAUCCAGCGGCCGGGAAAGCGGCCCAUUAAGCGUCCGGCUCGACAUCUUAGUGACGAGGACAGCCCCGAUGAGCAAGAGACUUUAGGGACCUGUUUUAAAGAUUCAGAUUACGUGUAUCCCUCAUUGGAAUCUGAUGAGGAGGACCAUGCUAACAAAGCUAAAAUGAAGCGGAAGAAAAAUUGGGAUGACACACCUUGGAGUCCUAAAGCCAGGGUGAUGCCUACUCUACCGAAACAGGAUCGGCCAGCAAGGGAUGGCGCUCGAGUGGCAUCUGUGGAAACGGGCUUGGCGGCUGCUGCAGCCAAGUUGGCGCAGCAGGUGAGUGAGGAAACAAUGGAGCAACAUAAGCCAACUAAAAGGAAAUACACCAAAAAGGUGCGCCCUCCAGUGUCCGUUGUGAGCCCUCUUCAACUUCAGGUAGAUCAAGCUCCUCCCUCGCCACCAAACGUUCCAGAGGCAGCACCAGAUUUCAGCCCACAGAGGAGGAUGGAUUACUAUUCGGCCAGUUUACUCGACCAUGAAUACACAGCAGGACCAGGACCUUUUGGUCCUGGUGGCCCUAGAGGUGGCGGGGCUAUGGCCCCGGGGGUAUUCCUUACUUCACGUCGACCUUCCUUAUCACCGCAAAACAGCAGCUCACUCUCUAGUGCGUCACCUUCAGGGCUUGCUAGUCAAGGCGUUGCAGGAGUUGGUCAAGGAAAGCGUCCAAAGAAAGGACUUGCAACAGCAAAACAGAGACUUGGAAAAAUUUUGAAGAUUCACCGCAAUGGCAAGCUUCUUUUGUGAUGGAAUCUGGAACUGUUAGCCGUAGACGUGCAUAGGAAUCCUCAUUUUGUGAAAAUAUUGAAGGAGAUAGCGAUAGGAAUCUAUAUUUUAUACUUAAAUAUUUGUUUAUUAUUGUUUCUACAUAUUUCUUUGACCAUUUCUUGCCCAACAUUGUCAUUUGUCACUCUACUGUCACUGCCUGACCUGAUCGUAUCACAAGCACACUUUACUCACUCACACUCCACAUAAGAAGUGGAACGUAACAACGGGUUUUCCAGUAACAAGUUUGAAAGGGAAAAGAAAAAAAUGAUCCAUCUUUAAAAUUUAAUUCCAAUGCAGUCACGAUAAUAUUUUCUAAAUACCCAAUUUUUGCCUAAAAAAAACUUGUUUUUGUAGUAGUGCUUUUCUCCACGUAGUUUUACAAAACGUUGAGUGAGAUUCACUGUUUCUUAUUAAACAUUUCAUAUAUUGAUUCUUCUACAAGUCAAGAUUAAGUGAAGCAGCAAUUGACCUUGUACAAUUAUUUAUUCUAAUUUAUUUUUACAGGCAAUAUAUUGUCAUUUGAAGCGAUUUCCUUACAGUCAUCCCAUCUGAUUUUUGUUUGUCAUCCUUCUUGAUCCCUUCUCACUUUUUUAACCACAGUACAAAAAUGUUAGCAGUUGAUUUAUUGGAAAUGUUUUCAUAUUUUUUACAUUUGUUUGAGUUGUAAAUAUGUAAUAAUUGUUAUGUCUACAUAGCUAGAUUGAAAGAGCAAAGAAAAGGAUUUACAGUGGAUAUAAACGUUUUUUUCCUCCGGUGUAAAAAUGAAAUGCAACUUAACCCUUUACUCAUUUCCAGUUCAGCGUCAAGCAAGGUAUAUAUUUUCUACUCUACCCUGACAUAUGGUAGAUAUGUAGAUAAGUUUCAUUUUUGACUUUUUGCCCCAGUGGCUAGUCAUUUGGAAUAAUUAAAGCCCCAGCUCCAGCAUUAGUUGCUAAAGAAUGCUUCUACAAACAAUCAGUCAAGCACCACCGAUGCUUUUAUUAGUGGCUAUGGUGCACUUUACGUUUGCGUCUCUUUAUAUCCACUGUAAUUCCAGCUAGGCUUGGGCAUUCAUUCCACAGAAUGUAUGAGAAAGAGAAUGUCAAGAGAAAUGUUGAUGAACCAAGUGAAAACAUGAAUGAUCAACUUGUGUAAAUAUACGUUGUAAUUUGGUUUUUAUAGUCGAGAUGCAUUGAAACCUUUCUUAUUGUUGUACAUGACACAUUGCUGUAUUUUUUCAAUAGGCGUUUUUAUAUUUGUAUGCAGUACUUGUCAAGUUUAGUCAUAUCUUGGCUGUGUAACAUUUGAAGUGUACUGGAGGAAUUGAGUUUAUUUUGUUUCUUUCUAGUUUAAUUAAUCCAAUGUAUUAAUUUUGUGUACUAUUUUAAAUGUCUUUAAAUGUGACUUGGAAAGGAAAUAAUAGCUUU